UUGUCUAUGUCUUUGCUAUGGUCUUUGCACUGUCUUUGUUAUUAUUGGUGCAGGUCGUGUAUGUUUUGUUGUAAAUAAUUGUAGUUGUAAAUCAUAAAUACUUUUAAUUCUUGUAUUAAUUAAAUGACAUCUAUAUACCUAUAACAACACCUGUCCGAAUAUGUGUUAAUAAUAUUAAUAAUUAAGUUUAGGUUGGUUUAGGUCUAAGGUAUAAGUGAUAAAUUGUUCUGCGUGGUUUUGCUCUAUUCAAGAUAGCUCCUGUUAACUGAAGUCUGAAGUUUUUUUUGUUAAAAACCAUGGAUAUUCCAGAUAAAGAAAUAGAUUUAGAAUCGGCUAACAAAUUGAAGAAACCGCAGAAAAAAAUUUAUAGAUGUGCCAUGUGUAGUUUUCAAACACGACAUAGUGGAAGUGUUAAAGCACACCAAAUAGUUCAUUUGGCACCGGAAGAAAGACAGAUGUUUGCUUGUCCACACUGUGACCACAAAUAUAGAACAAAAAACGGAUUAACUUAUCACCUUGAAUGUAAUCAUCUUAAUUUCAGAAAGAAGAAGGUGCAGAUAAAGACGGAGAAAAAGGUCUAUCCAUGUUCCACAUGCAGCUACGAAGCACAUCAACUGGGACACCUUAAACAACAUGAGGUAGUUCAUUUGGCACCAAAAGAACGAGAGAUGUUUCCUUGUCCGUACUGCGACAACAAAUAUCUGCGAAAAUACUAUUUAGAAUGUCACGUCAAGCGUUCUCAUACUGAUUCCAGAAAUGCUGGUUGUACAACAUCUGUAACUGAUAAAAUGAUAUCGGAAGAUUCUUUAAAGAUCGAAAUUGAUGAUCAUGCUCCACUUUUGGAUGACUUUAAAAAUGGCGAAUAUUUGUCUAUGACUAAUGAAGUAAAAUCAGAAGAUUUUUAAAAAUAGAGCCUGAUAAACGAUCAGUUUAAAAAUACCGAAAAUUUAUGUGUAAGUGAGUGAAGUUAGAUUUUUUUUUAUAAAAAUAGAACCUGGCACUGGCGUUACGUUUCUAGAUAAAGACACGCGUUUUUAGACGAAAAUAUUCAUAACGUAAUCAUAAAAAUUAAAAAAGAAUUAACUGAUCAAAAUUUAAAAGAAAAUUAACUGAUUUAUUUAAUUUUCAUAUGUACACUUUUAUAUUUUUAAGUUUUUAUAUUUGUAGUGAUAUUUUCAAAAAAAAGUUUUAUAAGUUGGUUGCAGUUUUAUUUUAAUUUAUUACAAGAUCUGUAAUAUGUAUAGAAAUUUAAUUCUAUCAGCAGUUAAGUGGCAAGAAUCCUUA